AUGGCGCACUCCGCCCGCUCCGCCCGCUUGGGCCGCCUGGGGCAGGUCCUGCUGUGGCCCGUCUUUGUGGGCAGCCUCGCAUUCAGCUUGGUUCCCCGUCGCGCUGUGCCGGGAACCGUGACACAAGGCCGAAGCUGGCGCCAGGUUCAUGAGGAGGCGAAGAGCCUGCAAGAUCGGCUCAAGGCCGUGAUGCUGGAGAGCGGCCAGAGGGUCCGGGAGCUGGACGCCAUGUUCUUAGACAAGCCGCCGAAGCCGAAGAAGCCACAAAAGACGCCGGCUGAGCUUGAGGAAGAGAGGAAGGCGCGGGAACGGGAGCAAGAGCUGGAUCCUCUGGGCUGGGGCAAAAUGCUCAAGGGACGAAAGCCUCAGCCGCUGUUCCCGGACGUGGAGGCGAACCCGCCCGUGCUCUCCGGAGAGCUUGCGACCGCAGAGCCCAUUGUGGGCAUGUACUCAGCGAGUCCGAGCUGUAGCGUGCCUGCUCGCAUGUACCGCGAGGACUUGCUGGCCGGGGCCAGGGACGACCCGGCGGCUUCCAAAGAGGAGAAUGAGCUCUGGCGCAAUGCUGCGGAACUCCUCACUCAGACGAUAGAGCCGAUGUGGCCGGAGGCCGAGGAGCGGGUCAUGGCCCUGGUCAGCGCCGAGUUCAAGGCCGAAGAGCGGCGCGAGUCGAAGGUCGGCCAAGUGCGCAAGCGGGUGCUCAAGCAGAUGGUCCGGGCGAACACGGGCCUCCGCUCUGAGGAGGAGCUGGACGGUCUGCUGACCAUCCUUCAGACCGACAAGCGGCUCCUGAAGUACCUGGGCCUCCUGGAGCGCUGCUGCUUCGAGGCGGAGAAGAUCCAGGCACGCAUGGACAAACGCCAAGAGAAGUUCCGCUCGGCCAAGCUGGGCAGCUACGCCCAAGAGCGGGCAGAGGAGGCGGUCGUCGACGUCUUCUCGUCGGCCAAGGGGCUCGAGCUGCGCAUCCAGGCUUGCUGCAAUGCGGCAGAAGAACUGCCGGAGACAUAUGAUUCCAUGAACGAGAUCGGGGAUUUCUUCAACAGCCUGAAUCCCUUUCGAUAG